AGAAACGAGCAGCUCAACCAGCUACUAGUGAACUUCUAUUCGUGACAGAAAUACAACAGGUUUUUGUAAACAACGUCCGAUGGUUGAAGGAAUUUUGUCGUUUUGCUGAGGAAAUGCCUUUCUUUCUGAUGAGAAUGCGGUCUUGAACAUUUGCCUAGUUGAGGGGUGCGAUGGAAUCUGUGACCUGAACGGUCUACUGAAGUGUUCACAGCCGUUUACGCAUCAGGCGCCGCUCUACCCGCGUAUCAACUCGACGCACGAUGAUACGAAAGGCAAUAAAUGGGGACAGCAGCUCGGUGUGGUCAUUGGACAGCCAGCCACUACGGCCACGCAAAAGAAUAUUGUUAAACGUCGGAGGACGAUUAUUUGAAACGUGGCAAGAUAACCUGGACAAUUAUCCGGACACACUUCUAGGGAGUCCAGAAAAGGAACUAUUUUAUGAUCGCGGUACCAAGAUGUAUGUAUUUGACAGAGAUCCGGAAAUGUUUCGGCACAUUCUGAAUUAUUACAGACUCGGUAGGUUACACUAUUCAAGUGACUACUGUGCAGACGAGUUUCGUGAUGAGCUUUCUUUCUUUCGUAUCUCUAUAAACGCCGUAUCUAAUUGUUGUUGGGACGAUUACAGGCAGCCAAGAAAAAUACGAAUCGACAAAGUGUUUAAGUUAGAGGAUCCACACGAAAAACUAGAAGUUGAGAGAGGAUGUAAACUGAAAAAAAAGGUCUGGAACAUUUGUGACAAUCCACACGAGUCGGUUCUUGGUAGAUUGUGGUACUAUUUCUCUGGACUGCUGAUUGCUUUAAGUAUUGUUUGUACUGUUGCUGAGACUAUACCACCUCCUUGUGACGAGAAAUAUCUUUGUCAGAACUACACUUGUGGGAAGGAAAAUUGGAAUUUGUCAGCCAUAAAGUAUGGAAAUGUUAAGUCCUGUGAAAAAAUCGAUAAUUACUUGAAGGAAAGAGAAUUAUUGUAUUUUUCAUUGGAAAGUGUGUGUGUAGCAGUGUUUACUUUUGAGUAUUUGACGCGGUUUAUUACAGCACCAAACCGCUGGCAUUACGUAAAGGAGUUUAUGAGUGUGAUAGACUUGCUUUCAAUAUUACCAUAUUACGUUGGGCUGAUAUUGGAUUACGCGCAGGAAACAUCAGUGGACAGUCUUAGCGCCUUGGUUUUGCUGCGAGUGCUUCGUGUCUUCCGUGUUCUGAAAUUCACUCGACACUCCAGCCGACUACGAAGUUUGUUAUUUGCAAUCAGACGCUCUGCUUCUGAAUUGGGCUUCAUCCUAUUCAGCUUCUCUCUCGGAGUAACUCUGUUUUCCAGUGUCUUAUUCUACGCGGAAAAGCUCGCGGACCUCAAACCGAACAGAACAAAUCUGUUUGACAGCAUUCCAGCCUCUAUGUGGUAUUCGGUCGUCACUAUGACAACAACUGGUUAUGGAGACCUUGUUCCGAGAACAGUCAUUGGACAACUGAUUGGAAGUGUUGGCUGUAUUGUUGGCGUGUUAAUGAUCGCUUUACCUGUUCCAAUUAUUCAGAAGAAGGCAAAUUUACAACUUGGACUUUUGGAUGAAGUAGAUGAGGCCAUGGAAGCAGAGCUCUGAUUAAACGUUGAUCAUUGGCAGCUGGAUCAUUCGGUAAUCACGUGCUGGAUGCGUAAUGAAUAUUAAGAGAAGCAUAGAGCCUGUGACUGUGGUCUGUGAAUCCCUUCAAUCUACAGUUUGGUAUCUCUAGUCAGUUCGUAGGGUUUAUUAGAGAAAAAAAUAAUUGCCAUCCAUGCAUAUUUUGGAAAUGACAAGUGUUUCCAAGCGGUAACGUGAGAAAAAAAAAAUUAAAAACACAAUUCUGAUCUAAAAGAUCAGCUUUUUAGAGAUCAUUUAAUGGAUAAUUGAAUUUAGACUGAGAGCCAAACGUUAAUAGCCACUUCUUUCAGGUUAUCAUUUAUCAGUGUGAUUAUCAUCGGCUUUGAUACUGAUCAUCGCAUUUCUACAGACUUAAAAGAGAAACAUGAUCCAGAAAUCAUAUUUUCUCAUUUUCUUCAUUAAAACUUAUGUAUAAGAAUUGAACCAAGCCACGUUUAUAGCUUCAAGAGGGUAACGCACAGUUUUGAAAACUGUAUUCAAAUGUGCUGAUCAUGAGAGAACGACUACAACCUCUGCUCCUUAAACCUUGCGGAGCAAUCUGGACGCUAACCUUUGACUCGGGAGAGUCUCGCUCCUCUAUCUACCAUGCUCUGCGAUCCGUUGGAACCACUAUCAAGAGGUGCAAAAAUAGGUAUUCUUAACUCAAACAGUGACUAUCUUUAUUUUUUGUUAGUGUCCGAUAUUCGACUGACCAACUUUUUUCUGUCUCUGACACACAUGUCGUGGCUUUGCGCAUGUGACCAAUUUACUAGGUUGCUUUUAAAAUGGCGGCGUCCAUUUCAAAACAACUUUUGAAAAAAUCUCGGUAACCCAUUGUAAUCUUUUACAGUGCUGCAAAUAAAAUUUUAAUCUACACCAAUGAAUAGAGGAGAUGUAACUGAUUAUAUCUUGUCUACUUUUCCUUUAAUAAUAACCAUUAAUAUGUGUGUGACAUUAUUUAACAUAUGUUCUAGAAAAAUAAACCAAU